AGUCAGCCCAAGCCCCGCCUGUUGCUCAGUUGUCAGGAGCAGCCUAGCUGUGUGCUGCCCGCCCGCCUGCAGCCUGGGGAAGGGUGGAGGCUGAGGCGGAGGCGGCCUGGUCGGUCGGUGCUCACCCCCGCAGUUGCUCUCACAAGGUUGCUGGGCUGAAGGGGCGCCGCCGGGCCGGCCCGCUGCGGAUGGCGGCCGGCUCGGGCUCGGGCUCCGAGGCCGCGAUGGCGGUGUGAAGCCGGCAGCCGGGCCCCGCUCACCAUGCUGCGGCAGCUCCUGCACCGGGGCCUGAAGACGUGCUUCUACCGCUUGGGCUUCUUCAUCGGCAACCACCCGGUGUUCUUCGCCUCGGCACCUGUGCUGCUCGCCAUCCUGUUCGGCGCCAGCUUCAGCCGCUACCGGGUGCAGGACAACAUGGAGUACCUAUUCGCACCGCGCCACAGUCUGGCCAAGAUCGAGCGCACCCUGGUCAACAGCCUCUUCCCUGUCAACCAGUCCAAGCACCUACUCUAUUCCGACCUGCAGAGCCCGGGACCCUACGGUCGGGUCAUCAUCACCGCCCCGGGCGCAGGUAGAGGGAGAGGCGGCGGCAACCUGCUCGACCUGCAGCACACGCGGCUCAUCCUCCAGCUGCAUUCAUCUGUGACGCGGAUUCAGGUACCAAUGUUGGGCUUCAACUACUCAUUUGCCCACAUGUGUAUUCUAAAGGACAAUAAGAUGUGCGUUCUGGAUGAUAUUGUGCAUGUGUUGGAGGAGCUCAGGGCUGCAUGGAUGCAGAACCACACAGAAAUCGUUAUCAGUUACCCAAAUACCUACCUUAAAGACGGCCGGAAGGUCUUCAUCGGACAUCAGCUGGGAGGAGUAACUCUGCAGAACAAAGACCGAGUGAAAUAUGCCCGGGCAAUGCAAAUAACUUAUUACCUGCAGACUCGCAAUUCCUUGAACGACUUGGUAGCAGAGAAGUGGGAGUCGACCUUCUGCGAGACAGUAGAAAAUUUCCAGAAAUCCAAUAAAGAGCUGGAGCUCUAUCCAUUUACAUCUUCAUCACUGAAGGAGGAUUUUCAGAAGAGCAGCCAGGUUUCAGAGUGGUACCUGGUGACUAGCCUGCUGGUGGUUUGGAUUCUGGCCAUGCUGUGCUGUUCCAUGCAAGACUGUGUACGCAACAAGCCUUGGCUUGGACUCUUGGGUUUAGUGACAAUGGCUCUGGCCACCCUCACGUCGGCAGGGAUUAUCAACUUAAUGGGAGGGAAGUACAACUCCACCUUCCUGGGAAUUCCCUUCAUUAUUUUAGGCCAUGGACUGUACGGCAUGUUUGAAAUGCUCUCAUCGUGGAGGGAGACCAUGGAGGACCAGCAUGUGAAGGAGAGGAUUGCCACUGUGUAUGCUGAAACCAUGCUGCCACUUACGCUCACCACUGCUAUGUACAUGGUUACAUUUGGCAUUGGUGCCAGCCCCUUCACUAACAUAGAAGCUGUGAAGGAGUUCUGUGUUAACACAUGCAUUUCUGUACUUUUUAACUACCUCUACCUGAUGGCAUUCUAUGGCUCUAAUAUGGUCUUCACUGGUUACCUGGAAAACAAUUAUCAGCACAGCAUCUUUUGCAGGAAAGUGCCAAAGCCAGAUGAUCUACGAAGUAAACCUGCCUGGUACAGGUUUAUCAUGAUGUCCAAGUUUAACGAGGAGGCAACAGCUCCAGGUGACACGAGCACCUAUGAAAAUCAUUUCCUGCUUUGGUUUCUGAAGCAGUAUUAUUGUGAUUGGAUUACAAAUACCUACGUCAAACCUUUUGUGGUUCUGUUUUAUCUAAUUUAUAUCUCUUUUGCCUUAAUGGGCUACCUGCAGGUCAGUGAAGGGCUGGACCUCAACAAUGUGGUGGCGACUGAGUCUCGUACAGUCUCCUAUCGCAUUGCCCAGCAGAGGUAUUUCAGCAGCUAUAGUCCGGUCAUUGGGUUUUAUAUUUAUGAACCGAUUGAGUACUGGAAUGCCAGUGUUCAGGAGGACUUGCAGGAAAUAAUGGAAGGGUUUGUUAGAAUAUCAUGGUUUGAAACUUAUUUAAAUUACCUUAGAAAACUAAAUGUUACCGCUUCAAUGUCCAGAAACUACUUCCUAAACACAUUGCGGAAUUCCUUCCUAAAAUCUCCUCAGUAUACCCAGUUCUUGGAUGAUAUCAUCUUGGUGAGGAAACCAAACAAUGAACUGGAGGUGGUUGCAUCGCGUGUGUACCUGGUGGCUAAGACAGCAGAAAACACCAGAGAAGAGAUCUAUGAUCUGCUGGAAACACUGAGGAAGCUCUCGCUGACGUACAAAGUGAAGUUUAUGAUUUUUAACCCUUCCUUUAUCUACAUGGAUCGAUAUGCUUCGUCUGUGGGAGCACCCUUGCAAAACUCAUGCAUCAGUGCGUUGUUUGUUCUCUUCUUCACCGCGUUCCUGGUGGCGAACUCUUUGGUGAAUAUCUGGCUGAUACUGACUGUGGCAUCAGUGGAGUUUGGGGUUAUUGGUUUCAUGACUCUGUGGGAAGUGGAACUGGAUUGCAUUUCUGUCCUUUGCUUAAUCUAUGGAGUAAACUACACCAUCGACAACUGUGCACCAUUCAUAUCUACAUUUGUCUUGGGCAAAGACCUAACCAGGACGAAGUGGGUUAAAAAUGCUUUGGAACUGCAUGGAGUAGCCAUUUUGCAGAGCAACAUUUGCUACUUGGUCGGUAUAAUCCCACUUACUUCUGUGCCUUCUAAUUUGAUCUGCACACUAUUCAGGUGUCUGUUUCUAAUAGCGCUUUUCACCUUUCUCCACUGCUUUGCCAUACUACCUGUGAUACUGACCUUUGUGCCGCCUUCUAAAAAUUGGCCAGAAAGGAAAAGCCCCAGUAGCCCCGAGGAGAUUGAGUGCAUGGAGAUGGUGGAUCUGGAUGGCACGCGAGUGGUCGACCACAUCACCUCAGUCUGACGAACUUGUUCAGCUGGCCGAUGCCAAGGGGAUGGGGGGGGGGGGCAACAGUGUAGAUGGGGUGGGGGAUAUGUGGCAGAGGGGAGAUGGGAGAGGCUAAAAACUGUCUCCAAGAAACACAGCUGAUAUUUUUACAAAGAGCCUACAGCACAGAUACAGGUCAUGUGGCCAAACUAAUCUAUGUUAGGCACCUCCCAUCCACUUUAUCCCAUCCUAUCAGUAUCUCCUGUCAUUCCUUUCCACCCUGUAUCUUCCAUUUAUCACCCAAACCACUCUGUAGAGUAGCCCCUGACUAACAAGGUUCCCACAUGGAUUUAAUAUGAUCCUGCAUUAUAUAAUUUGGUCCGUAUUUUGGGCCACUCCCACAUCUACCAUGAUCCCCUUUGCAAUUAUCUACACUCAUCAUCCAGAUUAUUGUGACCAGCUCUGGGCUGUAGUGCAACAAUUAGACACAUCAUCUAGGCCCCAUUAAAUGGAAUGGCUGCUUUUCAAGUGAAAGCCUGGUGAUCUAGCUGAGCUGAUGGACUGUAUACGCUGUGUGUUAGUUGCACCAUCUAAUCCCUGACAAUAGACAUCACUUUUGAACUAGGAAACUGAGAUGCCGUGAAAGGGUCAGAUUUUGUGACCUUUCAAAAGUUUCAAAAGUUAAAUAAUUCCAGCAUCAACUCUUGACGAGGCUGGUUAUUGUCGGAGGAAAAUCUAUAGAUUGGAUUAAUGAUUCGUGGAAAUCCAGUUUGAAUACUAGUUUGAGUUUAAAAACACCUUAACAAACAAAUUUGAUUGUUCAUGAAACUUAACUUACCUCAUUGUCCUGUACAUGACAAUAAGCACAUAUCAUUGCGAAGGAUAUUGUCUUGGAUUUUGAGUUAAUAAACAUUUUGAGGUGAAGUAGCAGAAGAUUACUCAGUCCCAAUGUACAGAUCCUUUGAUUUGGCACAAAUCUCGUAUUGAUACUUUUUCAAUGAAAUGAACUUAGGUAUUGCAAAUUUUAUUCAUUUGGACCAAUAAUGGACCAAAUCCUGCUUUUAUUUUCUGAUAAAUGUUGCAUGUUUAUCUCCUGAGCAAUUGCUGAUUUUU